GACUUCGCGUUUCUCUUUAUCUUAUUGUCAAUGUAACCAAACAAGUGACAUGUUGAAGCGUAGAGGUAUUUGCUAUUUGUAUCGUUCCAAGUUCCAACCCAAUAUUGUCAAGUGUUGAUCUUUGGAUUUUGGUUUUAUUAUUUAAUAUUUCGGCGAACUGCGACUUAGGUGUAAUUCUCUAGUGCUGUAUUAGGGAAAUUAGUUAGAAUGGGUUCAAGUCAAAAGCUUAAUUCUGAUUUGGCUAAGGAAAGAAGAAAGUGUACUUUCAGCAGUUUGGAAUUGACCCACUUGUUGGACGGAGGCCCCAGAAAAACCGCCGAUAGAAAAGCCAGAGAAAAGUUUUUCCUCGAAGACCCAGAGCUAAGGGACAGAGUACCGUCUGAAUAUCUAAGUCAUAAGGAAAAAUAUGAAGAAGCUAUUAGAAAAGCUUGCUUAAUAUUCAAAAAAGUCCAACAAUUACAGGAGGAAGGUAAAGGUGGAAUGGAUAACUUCAGGGAGAUAUUGGGGGGUCAAUUAGGUUCAGCAAUUUUGGGUGAUGGAAAUCCUUUGACUUUACAUUUCGUGAUGUUUAUUCCCACUAUAAUAGGGCAAGGUACUUUUGAGCAACAAGGUGAAUGGAUUCAGAAGGCUUGGAAUUGUAAUAUUAUCGGAACUUAUGCGCAGACUGAAUUAGGACAUGGUACUUUUAUAAGAGGACUUGAAACGACUGCAACGUAUGACGUGAAAAGUGAAGAAUUUAUUCUGAAUAGUCCAUCUCUCACUGCGUAUAAAUGGUGGCCUGGCGGUCUGGGUCACUCGGCUAAUUACGCUGUGGUAGUCGCACAAUUAUACACUCAAGGGCAAUGCCAUGGAAUUCACCCAUUUAUAGUUCAGCUUAGAGAUCAAGAGACGCACAACCCUUUGCCUGGAAUUAAAAUUGGCGAAAUCGGUUGUAAGCUGGGUAUGAAUGGCACAAACAACGGAUAUUUAGGGUUCGAAAAUGUCAGAAUUCCUCGUUCAAGUCUUCUGAUGAAGAACAACAAAGUUCUUCCUGACGGCACAUAUGUGAGCUCUCCCAGUAGUAAGCUCACCUAUGGAACCAUGAUUUUUGUGCGUGUUGUCCUCGUACAAGAUGCAGCUACUUACCUAAAAAAAUCGGUUACAAUUGCUACAAGAUAUAGUGCAGUUAGGCGACAGUGUGAAAUGAAACCAGGAGAGCCGGAAACUCAAAUCCUUGACUAUGUAACUCAGCAACACAAGCUAUUUCCCAAUAUAGCAACGUGUUUCGCUUUCCAAUACGCAGCAAAUUGGAUAUGGGAUGUUUAUAACGACGUUAGUUCACAAUUAGAAACAGGAAAGCUUGAUAAUUUACCAGAGCUGCACGCAACGACUUGCGUCCUAAAAUCAGUAAGUACCGCAGAUGCAGCAUUGGGUGUAGAAACAUGUAGGUUAGCCUGUGGAGGGCACGGAUAUAUGACGGCCUCAAAUUUACCCUCAACGUACGGGCUGGUUACCGCAAUGUGCACGUAUGAAGGUGAAAAUACAGUGCUCUUACUACAAACUGCUAGGUUCUUAAUCAAAAUGUGGCAGAACCAAACAAACCUUUCAAAUUUACCUACUGUUAGAUAUCUGAGAACGGCUCUAGAUCAGAAAACGCCAUUUCAGAAAAAUGUCGAAUGGAUCAUUCUAGUUUUGCAAAAAACGUCUGCCAGUAAAAUUCAGCUGGCAAAUAGCCACAUAAACGAAAGAAUCAGGAAAGGACAAUGUUCCGAAGAAGCGUGGAAUAACACUUCAAUUGAGUUGGUUGAAGCCGCCGAUGUUCAUGGUCGCACAUUUAUUGUAGAGCGAUUCUAUGAGUCGGUUAAGAAAACGAAUGUUACACCGGAACUUCGUUUAGUUCUGGAUCAACUAGUCCAAUUGUAUGCAGUAACCCAGGCUUUAAAACUAUCUGGCUACUUAUUGCGAUUUGCAGAACUUAGUGGAAAGGAUAUCGAAUCCUUACAAAUAUGGCUAGAGGAACUUCUAAUUGCGAUUCGUCCAAAUGCGGUUGGUUUGGUUGACAGUUUCGAUUUUCGCGACGAGGUUCUGGCAUCUGCUCUCGGUGCAUACGACGGAAAUGUUUAUGAAAGACUAUUUAAAGCCGCACAGCAAAGUCCACUGAAUGCGGAGCCAGUUAAUAAUUCCUUUAAUUUGUAUCUAAAACCCUUUAUGAAGUCCAACUUGUAAGACAUCGGUUAUGCCGGGACGCCGUUACUUUGUAUUUUAUGCAUUCACAUGUAUUUUAUUGCAUUUAUUAUUUUACGCGGGUUUCUUAUUCUUCCAUAUUGUAAGUACCAUUCCUGUAGCAGUUAUCUUAAAUUUUAAAUCGCAUGAAGUUGAUAGUAUUCAGUAUUUAUAAGAAAUUGUUUUUCUUCCAUAUUCCAAUAGAGGUUUAAUGAUGAGCAUUUGAAUUUAUCUCAAAAAAUGUUUACAUAUUCACACACUUUAUACAUUUAUAUUUUUACACGAAUGUUUGCGGUAUGUUACUCUUUUUGUUAAAAUUUUUGCUGACAUAUUCUAUUUAUUUUGUAGGCCAGUUGAAUAAUCAUAAGUUUAUCAGUUGUUAUAGGGUCCAAAACAGGUAAUACUCUGAAGAAAAAAGUAUUUUGUAAUGCAUCUAUCGUAUAUUUUUCGAAUAAAUAUUGUUGAAGAUCA